CAAACGUGUCCGCAGGCUGCACGGGGGAUCUUUGGGUCUUUGAGUGGAUCUCAUGGUCACGCUGUCACCCCGCCUUUAUCUGGCGGUCCGCGACAUCUGCACGUCAGCUGAAGCUCGGACUCAAAGUGCCCGCAACGUCAUCCGGAACGCCAAGUUGCUUGAAUAUUGAGAGAGAUAAAUAACAAUUCGAUUUAAAAAAAUAUAUAUAGAGAGUAUCUUGGUGAAAAGCGCAGCAUCUCCACGGUGUGGUAACAGGUUCUGAGCCAAUCACAGCGGCGUACGACGGGGGCAGCAACAUGGCUGCCAGCGUGAUCCACCAAUCAGGGAGCGGGGAGGCGAAUCUCUUCGUUAAGUCACUCGAUGACCACGAGAUGGAGACCGCUCGAGACAGCGACGACUUCGAAGAGGACGACCAGUUCGAUGAUGAGAUGCUGCUGGACGACGACACCAACUAUGUCCAUCCGGUGAUGGGGGACAAGGAGGAAGAGGAGCAGGGGGAUGACGACGACGAGGAUGAGGAUGAAGAGGAUGAAGAGGGGACACAACCGCGCCAGCUGCUGCGCUUCGCCGAGACUGUGAGCUCCGACAUCCAGCGUUUGUUCGGCCGCCGGGGAGCCGAGGGUGAGGGCCACUCGACCGGCUGGAGCGGCUCGCCCGGGACCUACCGCGACCGAUUCGCGAGCGGCAAGUCCGGCAGGGAGCUGUACUACGCCGACCUCCUGCGGCUGGCCGAGGGAGGAGACUCGUGGUGGCGCUGUUCCUCAGCCUCCACCUCCUCUCACUCGCCGGGAGCGGUGGGAAACGCGAGCCGCCGCAUCUCGUCGACCACAGCCGGAGCGGCACGCGGCCGCGACGAGGAGCGGCCGCUGGGCCCUCUGAGCGAGCUCUUCUCGGGCAGCGCGAGGCCCUUCGCGGCGGGCGCGCGGCUGUGGAGCGCGCACCCAGCAGCCGUGCCCAUGCUCAAGCGCCGCCUGCCCCCGUCGUUCUUCACAGAGCCCACAACGGUGACGCCGGCUUGCGGUGGAGCAACGCGAGCCCACGCUGCGGCCGCUGGCGCUCUCGGCAACGCAGCCGAUGCAGCUGCUGCUUCUGCUGCCGCUACCGGUGGUCUUCUCAACAUCGAAGGCGGCGAUUGUAACCUCGGCCACAGUAGCACCGGCUACUGCGGCGCUGAUGGCGGCGGUGGUGAUGUUGGGAGCGCGGGUGCCGGUCUCGCCGGUACGAGCAGCGCUGCUCGCGGGCUCGGCGGCGGCGGCGGCGGCGGCACGGGCAUCAUUUCCACGUGCACACCAGAUUUCAGCGACCUGCUGGCCACGUGGGCCAACGAGGAGGAGGAGGCGGAGUGCAGCGGCGAGGAAGAAGGCUCAUCCCUGGAGGCAGGACCCACGCUGGGACACGCAACCCCGGCCGCUCACCUCGCCGUGUCGUGCCAAGCGGCCACGUUCAUCAUGAGCCACGGCUGAGCGUCGGGCACCAAUGCUGGGCGAUUUGCUCUCGCACCUGUAAUAAGAUUCUGUGUGUGUGUGUGUACGUUUGCGUGUCGUUGCUUGCGGCUCUGCAACCUGUUUGUGUUGUGAUCACGAUGAAGAGCGCGCGCAGGUUGAUUUUGUUUUGGCGCCGCAGUUGAAACAAUUCCCCGCGAGAAUUCCUUAAAGAUCACCCACCGCCUCUGUGUGCAAGCCAGCCGUGUAAAUCGGUGCGAUGCGGUUAAGUCGAUCGGCAGCUCGCGUUCGGUGGGGGUAAAGUGUGGGUACUAGCACGACACCUGGCCAGCGUGGAAGAGUAGGCCAAACACCCUCUAGAGUAUGAUAAUUGUUUUUUUACCCUUCUAUCUGGCAACAAAACUGACACCUUUUUACAAGGAGUCAUGUUUGCAUAGACCGCAAUACCUGCAGUCAUAAUAAAAAGGUGUCAGUUUUGUUGCCAGAUAGAAGGGUAAAAAACCAAUUAUCAUAUUUUUACUGGCAAAUGAGGUUCCCAUGGUGUAAACCCCUCUAGAGUAGUGGGGGGAGGAGGGGGUUACUCUUAGAGAAUGUUACCUUUGUUUCCAGCAGUGGCAGCAUUAAUCAUUUUUUUUUCUCAUUAUUAUCAUAAAGAGAAACGUGUUUUCUUAGCCUUGGGAAAAAAAAUCGCCACGGGGCUUUCUGUAGAUAACAGUGAACAAAGGAUGGCUUAAAACAGCCUCACUUUGAGUCCGGGAGCAGGCGGCGUGCUUGCAACGAACACACACACGCGCCGCGCGCACACCGCAACGCCACCACCGGCCCUGACAUCUCCCGCAAACAUUUAGAAAGUCCCACAGCACCUUUUGAACGCUGAUACGUUGUUCACACACACACACAACCCACGCAUCUAUUUGACGUCCGGGGCAGUUCACCUGCGUUGGCGUUCAGCAAGUCCCCUGACGCCUGCCGAAGAUACAUUGAACGGCAAAAAUAAGUAAUAUUUAAAAAAACUUUUUUUUAACACGCUUUUUAUGAAAUGUACUAGUAAUGGCAGAACUUCAUGACUCCAGGAUGACCCGAAGCUUGCCAUAACGUAAGGGACCGUGGGCAAUUGCAGCCAACGUCAGUUGACCGUGGACAAUUAGACCCAAGCCGAAAUAUCACAUAUAUAAAAUAAUGUUUAAAAAUAUAUAUUUCGUAUUUUAAUGAUAGAAUAUAGUCUUGUCAUCAGUAUGACAAAAGUAUACCAAGUCUGCAGUCGAUACCACAUUUGAAAGUGGGUUAAAAUUGAGUUACAAGAUUUCAGGAUACAACAACGACAUCAACAGACACAGAGCGAGUUAAAAGAAAGCGUGUAAUAAAAAAACCCAGUCCAGAGGAUGCGCGUGUCCGCCGAGGAAAUUCACUCCCAGAAGGAAGGGCCGUCCAGCCGAUGUGAUGCGCAUAACAACAGCAGCAACAACACCAAAAAAAAUGUUCACGUGGAGAGACAGAUACGAAAAGGGGGCGGAUUGUCUGCUUCUUUUAUGUUGUUACUGAUGAGUUUGAGAUAUCAGCAGCAGCAGCAGCCUGGGAUUUCGUACCUCGGGUCACGGCGUGAGAAGAGAGGCGCUCUUCCUUCGCCCGCACCUCCCAUGUGCACGGUUGGCUACGUGCGGUGCAAAGGAAGUUCAACGGAGUAUGUACAUACGUGGAGGGAGGGCGCAUUGCACGUGGCUCGUUGCGGCCCAUGCAAUGUGAUGCGAUGCCAGGAUCAUUUUAUCGCUUUGCAGCGCUCCAGUGAUCUGCCGAAGGAUGCUCACACAAUCACGGACGACACGAGCGAGUUGAGAAUUGGCAGCAGGGAUAAAUCAUUCAUCACCACCACCGCCACUCAUCACCCGAGCGAAUCAAUGGUUUUUCACGAUUCGAUUAAAGCUCACAAUUCUUGUUUUCGAUGAUCACACUCGGACACACACGCGAGGUACAAAUCCAGAGCUUCAGAAUGGAUACUCGCUGGGCUACAGGAGGAUUGCAUCCCGUUUCAUUUGAAUCGUAACUAACUGCCUUGUUUCUCAGCCACACAUGUAUAACACGGUCUGACCUAUAAACUAGACAUUUUUGUUUUACCAAGUAAGGCUCACUGAGCUAUAUAGCGCCUUUUCAUACGCGACGUGGCCACAGGUGACAGCUAAACGAAGCGGUUUGUCAUUUGGGUAUUUAUAGCAGCCAGAUAAUCUCCACACGUGACGCCGAUUCUAAAUGCGGAGGGGAAAAAACCACGCACCACGGGGAGAGAGAGAGAAACACUCAGACUCCAAAUACACAGCAGGCGUCGGCAGCGAACCCACGACCUCCUGCAUACCAGGCAAGGGAGUUAAAUACAGCUAUCGUAUUGAUACAGCUAUCGUGCUGUGACGGUUCCACCUGAAGACGGAAGCUUGUGUUGCCUCCGAAACGUCGUGAUUUUUAUUUUAUUUUUAUUUUACUUUUAUUAAUUUAAAUUUUUUACCUACGUGACUUUACCGAAACAACCUAAGAAUAUGAAUCCUUGCAGUCACGAAAGCUUCACAUCUAGAAUUAAGGGAGUUAAAAUCUCGCAACCGCAGCGCGGUCACCACCCCCCCAGCCCC